UGAUAGUGAUAAUGGUGCCCAAUGCUCAAUGGUUGUUUUUGAUCGGAAUCACAGCUUUGCAGAUUUCGUUAUCGAACAGCCAGCGGCAGAAUGCGGUGCGCGAUGACACAGAGAAGCCGCAGUCAGUCCGGGACCUGUUCAACACCUCCUCCUGUAUCCCCCCGCCCUACCGCUGCCCGCACCCCCGCAUGCAGUACUACCUCUACACCAGGACAACGCAAGAGAUGGGAGAACUCAUCAACACUCUGGACAACAAGUCCCUCACCAAAUCCAAGUUCAACGUGAAGCAUCCCACCAAGAUUGUCGUCCACGGCUUCGGCGGUGGCAGGAACCUCUCCCCUAGCACAGACAUGAGGAACGCGUACUUCCAGCGAGGAGAUUACAACAUCAUCAUAGUGGACUACGGCACGCUAGUCAAGGAGCCCUGCUUGGGACAGAUAGAGUGGGCCCCCCGCUUCGCGAGCAUGUGUAUCGCGCAGCUGGUGGAAUACCUCCAGUACCACCCGGUGAAACCCUAUCCCCCGGAGAGGAUACACACCAUAGGGUACAGCGUAGGAGCCCACAUCCUGGGCCUGGUGGCUAAUCAUCUGAGCGAGGGGAAACUGGGAAGGAUUACUGGCCUGGACCCAACCAUCUUCUUCUACAUGGGCAACAACCGCUCCCGCGACCUGGACUACACUGACGCGCUGUUCGUGGACGUGCUGCACACCGGAGCGGGUAUCCUCGGCCAGUGGGGUCCGACGGGACACGCUGACUUCUACGUCAAUGGCGGCUCCAGCCAGCCUGGCUGCGCGCAUGACACUAUAUUCCAAACCUUAUCCUGCGACCACACCAAGGUGACGCCGUACUUCAUCGAGUCCAUCAACAGCCGGACGGGUUUCUGGGCGGGGCCGUGCCCCAGCCUGUUCUCCUACCUGGUGGGAUGGUGUGAGCCCAGGGACACGGAGUACGUGCUCAUGGGGGAACAUGUCACGCAAAAAGCUCGAGGUGUAUACUACGUGACGACAAACGCUAACCCACCGUACGCGAGAGGUUUCCCGGGAAAAGCGAGGAGACUCCGGUCCGCACCGCCAUAUAGAUACUACUAUUAA